UCCAAAUUAGCUUCUGAAAGUAAUCAGAUCGAGAAUGUCGGUUCCUUAUCUGUUAAUUUGUCUACUUCUUUCAAUCUCCUCUGCAAUGGGGUUGCAGAGGCUGACUCCGGGAAACUCCAUGGCCGUGGAGGACUCGAAUCAAUUCCUAGUUUCCCCAAACGGAACGUUUUCAUCUGGGUUUUAUCGGGUGGGAAACAAUUCGUAUUGUUUCUCAAUUUGGUUCACAAAUAGCUUCGAUAAAACUGUCGUAUGGAUGGCCAACAGAGAUAGACCAGUUAACGGACAGCAAUCCAGAUUGACCCUCAAUGUCGAUUCCAAUUUGGUCUUGACAGACGCCGAUGGCUCCGUCGUUUGGUCAACCGACGCAAUUUCCGGCGGUUAUAUCGAACUCCGACUUCUGGAAUCAGGAAAUCUGGUAGUGACGAAUGGAACAGAGAAUUUCAUUUGGCAGAGCUUCGAUUUCCCCACCGAUACUCUGCUUCCAGGCGAACUGGUUUUUGUUGGGUUUGGGUGGUGGUUUGUGUUUCGGAAGAGGGUGCGUGAGGAAUUGGUUAACAUGGGUUACAUUGUUCUGGCGAUGGGGUUCAAAAGAUUCUCCUACGCCGAAUUGAAGAGAGCCACCAAGAACUUCAAGCAAGAGAUAGGGAAUGGGGGGUUUGGAACUGUGUUCAAAGGAGAAUUGGACGAUGGCAGAGUUGUGGCUGUGAAGAGAUUGGAGGGCAUUAUACAAGGAGAAGCGGAAUUCUGGGCUGAAGUUAGCAUCAUUGGGAAGAUCAAUCAUAGAAACUUGGUGAAAUUGUGGGGCUUUUGCGCUGAGAAACAACAUAAGAUGUUGGUGUAUGAGUAUGUGAAAAGUGGGUCUUUGGAUAAACUUUUAUUCUCGGAUUCUGCUGAGGGUUUGGGAUUGGAGCAAAGGUAUGAGAUUGCAAUUGGAACAGCUAAGGGUUUGUCGUAUUUACAUGAAGAAUGUCUCGAAUGGGUUCUGCAUUGUGAUGUCAAGCCUCAGAAUAUACUUCUGGAUGAGGCUUUGGAACCCAAGGUGGCAGAUUUUGGAAUGUCGAAGCUUUUUCGAGAGAUCAAUGAAACUGGAUUCUCUAAGGUGCGGGGGACAAGGGGAUAUUUAGCUCCGGAAUGGAUGAUGAAUCUAAAGGUUGAUGCAAAGGUGGAUGUUUACAGUUAUGGUAUCGUCGUUUUGGAACUUGUUAGUGGAAAGAAUGCAUCUAAUUUUCGAUCGUCCACAAUUGUCGAAGAUAAUGGAUGCACAGAUCUAGUGAAAUGGAUAAUAAAGAGUGUAGAAAAGGGUGAGGUUGAGAAAGUGGUGGAUCCAAGGUUGAAUGUGGAAGAAGGCGACCAAAACAAGAAGAUAGAAAUAUUAUUGAAAGUGGCUCUUCAAUGUGUGAGAGAGGAUCGAAACACAAGGCCUGCAAUGAGUAAAGUUGUGGAACUCCUUGCUAAUUAGGAAGAAUCAAGCCCACACAAUGAUGAUUGAAAAAUGUUAUAUACACCAAAGUGUUUGAUAGUUUUUACAAUUGCCUCAAGAUUCAUUCUUGUUCAUCACUUCAUCGGCUUCUCUUUGCACUAGUUACAAAAGCAAGCAGAGAAAAUAACUCAAUU